AUGGGAGGAAUAGCGCUGGAACUGGAGUUCUUCACCGAGGAAAAGGGAGUGAAGAUCUCCAAAGCUAAUCAGUGCCAUACGCGCCUCGAUAUGGCACACAAACGGACGAUAAUCUUCACCCAAGCCAUCGAGAAUCCAAUCGGUAAGAUCGUCGUUGGAGACGGGAGAGCCCAACAUCGCCAAUUGAUCAGCCUUGGCUUUGGCAGUCUGAAGAUAAUCAUGGAUUGUGGCGUCACCGCGAUGGAUGUUUUGAAGAGUCUUGGUGAGCUGCCAAAUCUGAAUUUUGGAGCCGCAUGUGUAGAUGGUAGCCAACGCCGACCACGCAUCAAAUGUCGUAGCCACUAG